AAGCCGCUUCUUGGGAAGCUUGCAUCUGUCAACCUAGAUGGUCUUACUCAUCAGUAGAAGCUUGCAUUCUGGAUCAACAUCUAUAAUUCACGCAUGAUGAAUGCGUUCCUAGAGGUUGGGAUACCGGAGAGCCCCCAUAUGAUCGUUGCAAUGAUGCGGAAGGCAACAAUAAAUGUAGGUGGCCACUUGUUGAAUGCAAUGACAACUAAGCAUUUCAUCCUAAAGCUACCUUAUCACUCAAAAUAUACCUAUGCAAAAGGUCCAAAAAAUGAUGAGAUUCACCAGUGUAUUCAGCAACAGAAUAAGACCGCUGCUACCUACUCUUACGCUGAGUCAGAACCGAUCGGUCUGACUCAAGUGAAGAUUGGGGAAGAGUAUGAGAUCAUCGUCACCAACUUUGCAGGUCUAUACCGAUACAGGCUAGGGGACGUGGUUAAAGUGAUGGGAUUCCAUAACUCCACCCCGGAGCUUCCAUUUGUAUGCCGGAGGAAUUUGCUACUAAGCAUCAAAAUAGACAAGAACACAGAGAAAGAUUUGCAGCUAGCAGUUGAAGCAGGUGGGAAGCUGUUAAUGAAGAAGGCAAAGGUUGAGGUGAUCGACUUCACCAGCCAUGUGGAUGUGUCCAUGGACCCUGGACACUACGUCAUCUUCUGGGAGCUGAGCAGUGAGGCCAGCGAUGAAGUGCUGAAUGAGUGUUGCGAUUGUUUGGAUCGAUCUUUCGUUGAUGCAGGAUAUGUUAGUUCCCGAAAGGUGAAUGCGAUUGGAGCGCUUGAGCUCCGUGUGGUAAGGAGGGGAACCUUCCAGAAAAUUCUGGAUCAUUACUUGGGGCCGACGUCAAAAACACUCAUGUGUGGUCUAAGGCCGUAUCAGAAACAAGCCCUUUAUUGGAUGACAGAAUCAGGGAAGGGAAUUGAUGGUGAGCAAGCGGCCAAAACACUUCAUCCAUGUUGGUCAGCCUACCGUAUAUGUGAUAAGAGAGCAUUUGCAAUCUAUGUUAACAAUUUCUCAGGGGAAGCUACUACACAAAUUCCCAAUGCUUUAAUACUUGCUGACCUUUAUCGCUACCUACCAGAGACGACCCUCGCAUAUCCUAGCCACGACUCGGGGUCAAGUCUUUUCCAAGUGGGGGAGAAUGAUGGAGGCCUAUCUCAUCAAGGAGGCCCAUCUCAUCAUAUGGACGACAACUCAUAG